AUGGCAACGACAUCGGCAUCAGCACUCGAGUACCAACGCUCAACACUCCACAGACUGGCCGCCUCGCCUUACCCCGAAUGGUCCCUCUCCGCCCUCUGCGCGGCGUCCAUCCCAACGGCGGCAAGACUUAGCCCGGCGAUGCCCCAUUUCGGCAUCUUGAUGGGCUUCAGUGCUGUCUGGGCUGGCUCUGGGUACAUGAAGUACGUAGGAGAUGCCGAAAAUGGAUCCGGAACCACCACAGCCUGGUGCUUGACAUACCUGUUCCUGAACUUGAAGAGGACGAUCCGUCAACCCAAGCCCAUGCCCUCCUUGCUCGUCGCCGGGGUCUUCUCGAACUUGGUCAUUUCUGGACGCAAGACCUUGGAAGUUGAGUUUGGUAUCUAA